GGGUUUGGUGCGAUGAAAUACAGAAUAAAAAUUAUUAAUGAUUCAGAUUCAUUCCCCUGCCGCUGUCAUAAAGCAACCGUUCUGUCCAAGCCUAACAAUAACAAAACGCAAUUACUUCAUUCACUCUUCUUCAGAAACAAUCUCCAGUCCUCUAAGGUAUAACCUAUGCUGUGUCUUCAAGAAACAGCUACCAUCAUACAAUCUCGCUUGUCGCCAGACGAAAAAGCUAUGAACAUUUGUCCUCCUUCUGAACGCAAAGACGGAAUAAUGGUUGCGGGCCCACAGUAUUCAUCGAAAGAUCGAGAUCGAGUCGAUCUCCUCAAAUCACCUCCGAGCAAUCGGAUGAAAGUAUUCGGGAAGUCGCCGCCCCUGACUAUGCCCACGAAAACAGUUGGAAAAGAUGCUCUGGUAGAAGUUAGCGAGACGAAGAAGAAAAAGAGAAAGAAAAGAAAGAAGAAAUGGACCAAACCCGAGGGGAAACCCAAGCGUCCCUUGUCCGCAUACAAUAUAUUCUUUGCGCAAGAGCGUGUGCUCAUGCUCGGCAAGGACAUACCUACGGCGGAACAAGAGGAGCAGAAGAAGAGAGUCCACUGCAAGACCCACGGCAAGAUAAGUUUUGCUGCCAUGGCACGCACGAUUGGGGCAAAAUGGAAGGCGCUUGACUCCAGCGAGAAGGCAAUCUUCGAAGACAGAGCACGAUCGGAAAAGGCUCGCUACCAUGCAGAAAUCACCUUGUGGAAAGAAUCACAAAAAUCGACGGCUUCGGCGUCCGGGGAGACCGACGCUUCUGAUUCCGGAAAGACCGGUCCGGCCGGCACACCAUCUAUGCCAAUCGCAUCGACCUCUCCCGCCAAGAAAUCAAGCUCAGAGCCAAUUUCGGGAACGUCAAGGGCCGUGUCGGAGCCGGCUGCGGUAUCGCCAGCCGAACAACUCGCAGCCUACAUGAACGAAGAGUCGUUGCUUUUGAGAAGAGAGGUAGCGUCAGCAAAUGCGAUCGGAACGUUGCUGCCUUCCGAAAGAACAGCACCAACGCUUCCUCCUCACAGAAUCAAUGACAAUGGUUCGAACGUGAUGCGCAUGAUCCUCGAGGAGGAGAAUCGCAUUCGGUGCAUGUCAUUACUUGGGUUGCAAUCCAAUCCGUUGGCAGACUUUACUCUGUCAGACAUCAGCGAUGCGAGUCGUGAAUAUCUCAACCACCACCAGUUCCCCGAGCUCGAUCAAGCAUUCCUUUCCCGGCACGACAUGAAUCUUCAGCAGCUUCUCGCAAAUCCUAUGGAUGCGUAUUCUGGGCUUCGAUCACCCCUUUCUUUCAAUCACGAAGAAAGAUCCCUGCGUGGAAAUCUGCAACUCCCCGGUACCGACGGUUUGUCUUUUCGAGAAUACCACAGCCGUUAUCUUCAAGUAUUGGAAGAAUACGCAACGAUCCUUGAAAUUGAGGAACGACACAAAAGAAUGAUGGGGCAUUUAAUGAACAAAUAAUGGGCGACGUAGGGUUCCGUGGGAAAAUAGCACCUCAAAUAUCAUAUAGACGGUUUGUAGUCAUCGAUAGACGUCAUAAUAUGCCAUAACGAGAGCAAAUGUUUAUUUUCACAAGAUCGAUACGGAAUUGAGAGCCGAUCUAAUGCAGAAUUUAUUUCUGCUGCAUUGUAGUACACAAUAUUGAUCGACCUGAAGUCUGUAUUUUAUGAAAAAGAUUUUUACCCGAACCAAUGUUUCAGGUUUGCAUGUCCGGGUCGGGCGCGUUCAUAUACCUGGCGAGAGAACAACGAGCUUGAUGGUGUGCACAAAGAUAUUUUGAACUCUCAUAACUCCAAUCAUUUUGAAAAAUUAAUCUUGAUUCGAUUUUGUAUCAACGCACGUGGCAUUGCUGUUAUUGAUACUACUACUACUGCUGCUGCUGCUGUUGCUGCUACUACUCCUAAAGCCGCUUUCUUAUGUAUCGGUCUUCAAAUAUUUCCACUAGUUCCGUUGGUUCUAGCGUUGUUGGAAUUGCAGAAACGGAUGGAGCCAGAGUUGUUGGGGCUGCUGUUGGUUCCAUGGUCGGAGCUUCGGUUGGACGGAUUUCAGUUCCACCGAACAUGAAAGAGAGGGAUAAGCCGAUGGCUACGUAUAUCGCUGUGAUGAUGGUUUUGAGGAUGAACCAGAUCGUAAAGUACAAGAAGCCGAACCCAACAAAUGCCAGAGCACCUACCACCGGUGCAGCGACUGCCUUUGGAACACAACCGAUAAUUUUAACCAUACAGUGUUUUUUGUCUGGAUCCUUGUUCUCACAGCAACCCCGCUUGAUGCAACUGGAUCCCGGAAUGGAACGAGGUUUUCUUCUAUCGGCCAUAACCCUUCUCAUCAUGAUACGAUCAAAUUCGUAUCUCGCACGGAAAAUUUCGUAAUAAUCUUCUUCCUCUGCUUCUUUACACUUGGGAGCAGUCCCAAUAAAGUAAUCCGAAUCGU